AUGCUCCGCCCACCACAGCUUCUCUCGCGCGUCUCCACACGUCUAAUCCGUCGAAAACCUGGACCCCAGGAACCGGGAAUUCUGGAUGAAGGCGUCACAUUCUCGGACGUCCACAACGUGAUUCUCACGCCGACCACAAAACUACCGUAUCCCGAGAGGGAACUCCGUGAGCAUCUCGAGAAGACGUCCACUGAAAUAAUGAAGGAACGGAACCGGCUGAGAUACGGUAUUCGCAAGAAAAACGAUUCGGGACGCAUCGAUUUCAGUCAUUUGCCGAUUGAGGAGCAUGUUGUUGUACUGUUUCCCGGGCAGGGGGCACAAUUUGUUGGGAUGGGACAGAAGAUCAUCGACGUGCCCGCCGCCAAACGCAUCUUCGACGAAGCAUCCGAUGUGCUCGGCUACGAUAUGAUCAAAAUCUGUCAGGAUGGACCGAAACAGAAACUGGAAGCGACUCUCUUCUGUCAACCAGCCGUCGUCACCUCAUCUGUCGCCGCAUUCGAAGCGCUGAAGGCGUCCGACGCCUCCAUCGAAGAGAAUCUGACAGACGUCGCCGGAUUCUCAGUCGGAGAAUACUCGGCACUCGUCGCCGGCAAAAUUUUGAGCUUUGGAGAUGCUAUAAAAAUUGUGAAAACUCGAGCGGAAGCGAUGUCGGAAUGCGGGAAAACUGGUGAAGAGUGGAAUGGUGACGAUGCCAGGAAGGUCGCCGUUGAAAACCGCGAACUCGACAUUUGCGAGAUUGCCAAUUACCUCUACUGUGGUGUCCGCGUAAUCGGCGGCUCAGAGACAUGUCUGAAAUUUCUGGAAGAGAAUCAAGACAAAUAUAACAUUCAAGUACUGAAACGACUCGCCGUCUCCGCCGCAUUUCACACUCGUCUCAUGGAGACAGCCGUCGAAAAAGUGGCCAAGUCGUUUCAGAACGUCGAAAUGAGCCGCCCGGUUUGUAAUGUCUAUUCGAAUUACACCGGAAAGGUGAUGUCGACGAAAAAGGGAGAUGUGAGGGGCGCCGUGGCGAAACAAGUGAAUUCGCCAGUUAGAUGGGAACAAAUUCAACAGUUUUUGUUCAGAAAACAUCAGAACGAAGUAUUCCCGCGUUUCUACGAAGUCGGGCCGGGCCGUCAACUCGGCGCCAUGCUAUUCCAGACGUCGAAGAAAGCGCACAAGAAUUACACUCAUUUCAGUUGUUAA